AAUAUUAAUAACAGAAAGAAACAAGCCUUUUGUGUGAAUAAGUGUAAAUGGGGGAGGGAGGUUUUUUGGCUUGGUGCACUAAUUGUAAAUGUAUCUUGUGUUUUUUAUGUUGAUUUAAUUCAAAAAAACACAAAAAAAACGAUACCGAUAAUAAAAAAAACGAUACCGAUAUUUUCCGAUAUUACAUUUUAAAGCAUUUUUCGACAUCUCUAGACCCAAUCCAAACAACCUUCCCUAGUCAUGGCGCAACAACACACACGGUCACACAUAACACAACCUGCUCAAUGAAAUGUGUAUUAUAUCAUAAAUACAUCCAAUCACCAUAAAAAUACAAAAUUACACCCAUUUCAAUCCAUUACAAUGCAUGAUGGGAAAAAUGCAAAAAUCCACAUUUUAAUCAUGUCUUGAUGUUUUUUAUUGUGGUUUAAUUGAUCAAAAAUACACAUUUCAACCUCAUGUUGAUUAUUUAUUCUGUAUUGUGUUGAAAGUUUUACAGUAAAGUUGUUUUUAAUUGGCACAGUUUGUGUGCCACCGAGGCAAAAAAGGUACAAGGGGUAAGUCAAAAGAGUAAUCUGGCAGAAAUAACUUUUCUUUAAUAUUUCUUUCUAUCUGACUCACUCGUUUUUGUCUGCAUGAUUAAUUAAAGUGAGAAGAUGAAAUGUAUGUCCAGUAUUGGAGGUGUUGUGAAGCCGGCUGGAGAUGUUGCCACACAGGAAUGAGAGAAGUGGAGGCACAGCAGACAGAGGGAUGCUUUGUCCACGUCCUGCACCUUAAAUGUUGCACUCUACUCCUUCACUUCCUUCAGUCCUCCUCCAGCACAUCACUAGCUAAAUUAGCCAGGACAUGAUCGCUCUUCACUGCCGUGUGCUCCUGCUCAUCAUCGCUCUACAGGGUGUGAGCAGGGUUGAGGUCCAUGGGCAGAGACUGGCCCGAGGAGGGGCGAAGAGUCCGGCUAAGAGGCUUCAGUUCUGUCACUGGCCCUGUAAGUGUGGCCAACGCCCGCAGUGUCAGCCUGGGGUGAGUUCUGUGCUGGACGGCUGUGGCUGCUGCAAGAGUUGUGCCAAACAAAUAGGAGAUGUGUGCAACGAGAGGGAUGUGUGUGACCCUCACAAGGGCAUGUACUGUGACUUCUCUGCUGACACACCCACCUUUCAACUUGGACUCUGUGCCUACCUGAUGGGGGUUGGAUGUGACCUGAAUGGAGGCCAGUAUGAGAAUGGAGAAGCGUUCCAGCCCAGUCCUCUGUACAAGUGCACGUGCAUCGCAGGAGCCAUCGGAUGUACUCCGGCAUUCUUGCAGAAGCCUGCAGCUCUUCUGGGACCCGCCCCGCUGAUAGGAAACAAAGCAGCGAAACAUGCCCAGGAUACUGUCUACAUGUCAGCUUACAGGGAUCCUAACGUGGCCUGGAAGAAGAACUGCCUGAUCCAGACCACCAUCUGGAGCCCCUGCUCCAAGUCCUGUGGUCUGGGCAUCUCUGUGCGCGUCACCAACGACAACCGCAAAUGUGAGAUGACCAAAGAGCGGCGCCUGUGUCAGCUGCGCCCGUGCAGGAAGAACACCAGGAGCGGCACUAAGGUGGCAAAAGGUAAGAGAUGCCAGGCUCAGUUCCAGGCCACAAGAGCAGAAGUGUUGAGACUGUCAGGCUGCACCAGCACCAGGAAGUUCACACCUACCUACUGUGGCACCUGCACACACCUGCACCGAUGCUGCUCACCCAACAAGUCUCGCAUCAUCAAGGUCACCUUCACCUGCUCAGGUGGCACUCGGGUGGAGUGGAAGAUGCAGUGGAUCACUUCCUGUGUGUGUCUCAAGACUUGUGCUCAGUCAGGGGACAUGUUUUCUCACCUGCAUCUCAUCUGACCUUCACCUCACCUCAUCAUCACGUCAUGCCAUUGUUCAAACG